AUGACCAUUGUCAACAUCCGCCGUGACGUCGACGAUAAGUUCUACCGUUACCGUAUGCCUCUGCUGGAGACCAAGAUUGAAGGCAAGGGCAAUGGUAUCAAGACGGUCAUUCCCAAUAUGUCGGACAUUGCGCGUGCGCUGAGCCGACCGCCUUCGUACCCUACGAAAUUCUUUGGUUCUGAAUUGGGCGCACAAACGAUUCUCGAUGAGAAGAACGACCGAUACAUUGUGAACGGUGCGCAUGAUGCGACGCGUCUGCGUGAGCUUCUUGAUGGGUUUAUCGACAAGUUUGUGCUCUGCGGGGAGUGCAAGAACCCUGAGACGGACCUGAAGAUCCGUAAUGGCGAGAUUAUCCGUGACUGCAAGGCGUGCGGUAAGCGCACGUAUGUCGACAUGCGUCACAAGCUGACGACGUUCAUUCUGAAAAACCCGCCUCCGAAGCGCGUGAAGGGUGCGAAGGGCGCAGGCGCCGCAAGUGGCCAGACGGUGCAAGCGGAUGCCGGCGAUGCCGACGAGAAUGCGGGUAGUGAUGAUGAGCUGACGCGCCGCAUUAACGCCGAGGCGAAGUCGAUUCCCACGGCUGAGCAGCGAGAGAAGGACGUGGACGCCGACGAAGACUGGUCGGUGGACACGUCUGAGGCGGCUGUGGCUGCGCGUGUCAAGGCGCUUGAAGGUGCGAUGAAUGUGCUGGGCGUGGGUGACGACGAUGAGGGGGAGGAGGAUGAGUCGAGCCCGUACGCGCAGUUCGGUACAUGGAUCCUGGAAGAGCGCGAGAAGGGCAAGGCGCCUGGCGCUGCGGAUGUGUACCGCAAGGCGCAGGAGCUGGGCAUUGAGAAGAAGCACAAGAGCCUGCAGGUGCUCUUCCAGGCGCUCUUUAGCGAGAAUGCGCCGGCGGAAGUCGAGCGGUAUGCGCCGCUGCUGCUCAAGAUGGUCACCUCGGAGAAGCACCAAAAGGCCAUGCUGGGUGGUAUUGAGCGUUUGGCCGGCUUAGAGCACACUAGCUUGGUCCCGAACGGUGUACCGAAGCUGCUUAUGGCGCUGUACCAGAUCGAUGUGCUGGAUGAGGAUGUCGUGUCACAGUGGGGUACGCAUGUGUCGAAGAAGUACGUCGACAAGGAGACGUCGAAGCGUGUGCGCAAAGCCGCUGCGCCGUUCCUUGAGUGGCUGGAGCAGGCAGAAAGUGAUGACGAAGACGACGAGGACGAGGACGAGGACGACGAGGCGGAGGAGGAGACGCAAGACAACGCCACGGCAUACCAGGAGGGCGAUAGUGACUUGGACGACUUGUAG